AUGAUGUUAUACCGUGUGUUGUAUUUACUUACUUUGCUGCUAAGCAUUGCUUCUGUGUGUGUGGCCUCUGAAGAGCUUUCUCGUGCCAAAGCACCAGAGGAAAGAAGUGAGACAGGCCCUGCUGGUCCUGCUGGUCCUACUGGUACUUGUUCUCCUGAUGUGCAGUGUCCUCCUGCUCGUAGUGGAGAUUCUCCUACUGAUUGUGAAGAAACUGCCAAGAAGAAUUGUACUACCGCUAGUGGUGACGUCCAAGAGAAUUGUGUUCCUGAUUCUCUUGCUCCUUGCACUACACCAAAGGAACCAGCUCCAACUACACCAAAGGAACCAGCACCAACUACACACAAGGAAGAACUUCGUGAAGGCAAACCCGGUCCUGUUGGUGCUGCUGGCGCUGAAGAACCAGGAACAGGAGCUGCUGGUCCUGGUGCUCUUCCUGCAGUUGGUGAUGUUGCUUCACCCAAUUCUAUUCCGGAAGCAAGUCAAGCUACGAAACCUGAUCAACGCGAAGCUGAUCACGCUGCUUCAGCUCCUGGUGAGAGACCUGGUGGCCAGAUUGCAGUUGAAGAUCACGCUGAAAGCAGCGACAAAGGAGAAGCAGGUGGAAGUGCAACAACGGCUGACGGUGCAGCACAACAGCCUUCUUCUUCUCCCACUACAGUCACAGAGAGUACCAGUGGAUCUGACACUUCAACAGAAAAUGGCAGUACAUCUGCAGGAACUGAGCCCACAAGCACCCAAAGCACUGAUGUGGGAAAUACAGAAACAAACACCACCACCACCACAACAACAACAACAACAACACUUCCUCCUGAGACUGCAAACAACAAGAAGGGUGAUGCAGACAGUAGCAGCAGUAUCAGCAGUUCUGUGUGGGUACGUGUACCACUACUGAUUGUGGUUACACUGGCCUGUAUUCUUGUGUGCUGA